UUCCAUCAGUUCCUCCUUAGAUCUCGGUUAGCCUUUAUUUGAAUCGCGUCGCUGUUUUGUUGGAAACUGUUCUUUAAAUUGGUCGCACAUUUCUGCGGUUCAUUUUGUAGGUGGGUCGGCAACAUUUGAGGUUUUAGCUGAAUAAAGUUAUUUUCUAGGGACUCUUCUCGGGUUAUUUUCCCUUUCCGUUGUUCACCCUCAUCUUAUGUGUGCCUUAGUUUAAAAUAAAAUGUUCUACAGUGGAGCGACUCAUUCCAGCCUGAUUGUGUGGAUGCAGCAGUGGUAGAGAGUGACUCUAAAAUGACUGCUCAAGCUCCUCCGCUCUUUACUGCCAGCACCUUUCAUCCUCCACAGCUACCUGAUGUUUUGCGACACUGAAUGAUGGUUAAAUGAUACGCAUUAUCCUUGCCAGCGACCAUAGGGAUCAAUCUCUCCAGUGCUAGUGGCCGGGCCUGGCUGAUCGUGGUCAGAUGGUGUGUCAUUUCCUGCCUCCUUCUGAGAUUGGAGGCCCAAUUUCCCCAGCUCAACAGACUGAUAUGCUUGGGAGGGAAAAGGACCGACGGUGGGAACGGAUGAAAUAGCAAUAUGAAGAUCAAUAUAAGUGUUAAUGGGACACUUGAUUUCAGUUUUCCGGUUCCAGCUCUGAUGAUAUGUUUAAGGCUCUUGUCAGCUCUACUGCCUUGACCUUCACUGAUUACCGUGGAGCAGCAUGCUCUUCAGGUAUCUGCACCUAAUGGCAUCUUGCUUGGCCCCCUUGUUGGCUCAAAUGUAUUAAUGCUACUCUACAUCCUCACCUUUGGCCAAUGUUGACAGGCAAACUCUUUAAUAUUAAUUGUGGCCCACCACGUGAAUGCUCAAACACCUCUUUUCCACCCCAUGCUGGCUUGAACUUGUCUUGUGAGUGUUUCUACAGCUGUCUUCAAAGUGCUGAAUCGAGGGAUAUGGGGGUCGGGAAGACAUAGAAGACUUGAUUUAAGACCCUUUUCUCUAUAACGGCCCACUACUUCAAGCUGGAGGAAGGAGGCGAGCGGUCACUCUGCAUUACUUUUGCCUUCUUCUUCUUUGUCAAAGCCAUGGCCAUUCUCAUCGUCACUGAAAACUACCUGGAGUUUGGUCUCGAGACGGGUUUUGCGAACUUCUCCGACAGCGCUUUACAGUUUCUGGAGCACCAAGGCUUGGAGUCCCAGGGUCCCAUAUCUAAACUCACCUUCAAGCUCAUCCUGGCCCUACUCUGCUCCCUGAUUGGAGCAUUUCUAACUUUCCCUGGUCUGCGAUUGGCCCAGAUGCACCUAGACGCUCUCAAUCUGACCACAGCCAAAUUUACACAGACUCUGCUUCAUAUCAACUUCCUGUCCCCUCUUAUCAUGGUCCUGCUGUGGGUGAAGCCCCUUACCAAGGACUACAUAAUGAACCCCACACUGGAAAAGGAGGGUGUGCCUUUGAUGACUGAGGACACGUAUGACACGUUGCGGUUAUGGGCCAUCAUACUGAUGUGUGUGCUCCGACUCGCUAUGAUGAGGCAUCAUAUGCAAGCCUACCUCAACCUGGCCCAGAAGAGUGUGGACCAGAUGAAGAAGGAGGCGGGACGGAUAAGUACCGUUGACCUGCAGAAGAUGGUUGCACGUGUUUUUUACUACUUGUGUGUGAUCGCACUCCAGUACGUGGCACCGCUGGUGAUGCUGCUGCACACGACUUUGCUGCUAAAAACCUUAGGCGGACACUCCUGGUGGGUUCAUCCUGAAGAAGACCUGCCUUGUCUCUAUGAAAUUAACUCUGACUAUGCGACGGAGGCGGCCCCGACGCCGGCCGCGGCGGUCGAGACGGGAGCGCGGGCGUCGGUCGCCCAGCUGUCGAUCGCUCUGGGGGGCCUGCGGACUGUCUUCAGCCCCUUGCUCUUCCGGGCCCUCUUCUCUUUCUUCACUUGGUGGAUCGCCGCCUGCCUCUUCUCCACCUCCCUGUUUGGCCUCUUCUACCAUCAGUAUCUCAUGGCGGCAUAGCAGCGGCAGCCGGAUCAGAAAGUCCUGAGCGCUUGGUAACGGAGGCCUGAAGAUGACUCUGCUCCACAACUCCUCCUUUCCUUUCCUUUCUCCCUCUGACCACCUCGACAGUGACUGACCAUAUCAUCAGUGCUCCUGGUUCAGCUUCCAGUGCUUCCAUCACAGAUGACUCUGUGAACUUUUGUCAUUGUUUUUACUGCGACCACUACCUUUUUUUUUUAUUUAAUUUUUUGAGCGCAUGAUUUUUAAACCUUGAUAACAGACUAAAGUAUGGUUUAGAAGAAUGAUAGGUCAAUCGGCAUAGUCAUGAGAAGUUGGUCCAGUUUGCUGUGUGAAUUUUGACUAAUGUGAGGUUAACAUUUUUUAUUAUCUCAGAUGCUGAUGACUAUUAAUUUCACGUGUUUCGUGGCAGUUCUGCUCAGUUCCACCAACGUCAGGGUACAUUUGUUGAUGUUCUUGUUCAUAUUUGUUUCAUAACUGAUGUAAUGAAUUUCAAUAUUCGGCAUCUUCAGUACCAUGCUGUCUUUUACUUUCUAAACCCCUAAAUGCAGCUUCAUGCAUGUCGUUAAGAUCAAAGUUCAGACCGUGGUCCUAAUUUAAAUCCCUUCUGUGGUCACUGAGCCAUCUUUAAACUUAUAUUAUCAGGAAUGAAUUGCAUCAAAGUAACACCGUCUAUAUUCCAGUCUGCAGCACAGUUUGUGACGGGGCAUAUUUCAGUGUGAAGAAGCUACAUUGAGGUCAUCGCGUCUGCAGAUUAUCGUGGAGGUACGACGUCAUAUCAGCAGACAAUCCCCUUCUGUUUUUCUUGUUUUUGAAUGUUUUGGGGGAAACUGAUACCUGCUAUACGUGUGCCCUGUGUCUGUCUUUGGAUCAAAACUUUAACGUAUGUGUAAAAUGUUAUUCCAAUGCCUCGGACCACCAGAGGGUCUGAAAUAGUCUUAAAAUGUUGAGGACCAGCACGUCUGUUGGGAGCAGAGGAGGGAGGGAGGGGCGGUCUGGAUAUUCCAGGAAUGGCUUUCAGCCGAGCGGGGUCAGAGCGGACGACGGAGGAGGAGCUGCUUCUGCGGGGGAAAAGAAAGACGAGAUAGAUGUUAAACAUCUCAUUGACUUGAAGCCGACGUAUUUAAAUGUUUAAUCUGUGCUGUAACCGCCCUGGUUUUAACUUUUAGAAGUUCUGAGAGAAUUCUAAGCUCUUUCUUGGAGCCGCAGCGACGAUCUAAAGGGAGGACGGCGCCGAGGGCUCGGCCAAGGUACGCGCUCGUUACCGCGCACCUGUGUGCCGUCGGCCGGCCGUCACCUGAACGGGCAUUUCGAUCAAACGGAGAUGUCGACUACUUUUGAUGAGCCACCGCCUUUAUAUUCCGCUUUCCUUUUUCUAACUUUUACCCACGCAUCGGUUGCUUUUUAAACUCAUGUGAGAACCAUUUCUCUCUUUUUUUUGUUUUUUUAAAUCUUUUUCUGAUGGAUCAAAUUGUAAAGUUGUAAAAGUUGUAGAUUUUUUUUUAAACAGUGCCAAGUGAGUCUGUCCCCCCCCCCCACCCCACGGCUAAAGAUGUGGUGUUUGCUCGUGUUUUGAAGCUGUUACCGUACUACAACUAUGCGGCCUUCUGUUGUCUGUAGAUCCAUCCUAAUAACCCGGUUCACAGCCAGACUCAACGGUAUUUACAGUGUCUUUGCCUGCUGUAAUUCUUCGGUCGGUCGAGCCGUCGGAAAAGGCCAAUAUGAUUGUCGAGUCCGUUCAGGAAUGUAGGCGACGUGGUGCCAGAUCAAUUACAGAUCACACAAUCUUGUGGCACCAUGGUAUUUCAUUUAGUCUUUUUUUUUUGUGUGUCAGAGCUGUAAUUUAUGAAAUCAGGCUCUGGGUUUGUACAAAACACAUUUUACAAAAUCAAGCAGCACCGAGUCACAUUUGUUAGCUCCUGAUGUCAAAAGUCUUAACUUCUGUUUUUAAAUGACGGGAAAUAUGCACAUAAUGAAUGUAUCAAUCCUGCCUAUUUUUUUUUCUUUUUCAUCAAAAAUAUUUGAAUGCUGAACAGAUUUAACUCCCCCCCCCCCCCCCCAGCACUUCCUGAACUCUUAACUACAAUCUGUGAUUUAUUUCAAACUAAAUCAAAUUUGUCCUAAUGACUAAUUUCAUCGAUAGAUUUAUUGUUGUUUUUGUAUUUAUUACACAUGCCAAGGCAUGUAAACAUUUCUAAUGUUAACAUCAACCACUUUAUUUUGUUAUUGGAGUGCAUGAUGGCUUCUAUUUUUUUUUUCUAUAAUUGUGUUUGACCAAUCAGUUACAGAUUAACCUUAUUUCAAUGGUCUGAUCUGUUAAGAAGUACCAGGGAUGCUCAGAAUUCAGUGGCCUGACGAGGCAAUGUCUCUUCUGUUUGUUAUCACUGAAAGUGUUAAGUAAAUUACACACAUUGUUCUUUCAUGUAUUUAUUUCUGCUCUAGAUUGUGUCUUAAAUAAAUUUAUGUUCUUUA